GGAGCGAGCGAGCGACCCGGCCCGGGCGUCCGAGCCAGCCCCGCGCCCCGCGCCCCGCGCCCGCCGCCCGCGCCCGCCGGCCGGGCCCCCCGAGCCGGGCCUCCAGCCGGGCCCCGAACCCGCGCCGCGCGAGCCGCCGCCCGAGAGCCCGCGGCCGCCGCUGCCGGGCCCGGAGUCGCCGCGGCCGAGAGGAGCCCGCGCCCAGGAGCGGCGGCGGGGCCCGGCCUGCGCGGCCGUUGGCGGAGGAGCCGCGGGCGCCAUUAGCGCCGCCUCGGCCGCGCCGGCCCCCGCGCCCGCCCGCCCGCCCGCCGGGCUCCCGCGGCCGCGGCGCCCCGAAGGUAAUCAUUACCAAAUGAGGAGGAAAGGACGAUGCCAUCGAGGCUCAGCAGCGAGGCACCCUUCCUCCCCGUGCAGUGUUAAGCACUCCCCCACCCGAGAAACACUGACCUACGCUCAGGCUCAGAGGAUGGUGGAGAUAGAGAUUGAAGGGCGCCUGCACAGGAUCAGUAUUUUUGAUCCCUUGGAGAUCAUAUUAGAAGAUGACCUCACUGCUCAGGAGAUGAGUGAGUGCAACAGCAAUAAGGAAAACAGCGAACGGCCCCCUGUCUGCCUAAGAACUAAGCGGCACAAAAACAACAGAGUCAAAAAGAAAAAUGAAGCCCUCCCCAGCGCCCACGGCACGCUGGCCUCGGCCAGUGCCCUCCCGGAGCCCAAGGUGCGCGUUGUGGAGUACAGUCCGCCGUCCGCCCCCAGGCGGCCUCCGGCCUACUACAAGUUCAUCGAGAAGUCGGCUGAGGAGCUGGACAACGAGGUGGAGUACGACAUGGAUGAGGAGGACUACGCCUGGCUGGAGAUUGUCAACGAGAAGCGCAAGGGCGACUGUGUCCCCGCCGUGUCACAGAGCAUGUUUGAGUUCCUGAUGGACCGCUUCGAGAAGGAGUCGCACUGCGAGAACCAGAAGCAGGGCGAGCAGCAGUCCCUGAUCGACGAGGACGCCGUGUGCUGCAUCUGUAUGGACGGAGAGUGCCAGAACAGCAACGUGAUCCUCUUCUGCGACAUGUGUAACCUGGCCGUGCACCAGGAGUGCUACGGGGUGCCCUACAUCCCCGAGGGCCAGUGGCUCUGCCGCCACUGCCUGCAGUCCCGGGCGCGGCCUGCCGACUGUGUGCUGUGCCCCAACAAGGGCGGUGCCUUCAAAAAGACAGACGAUGACCGCUGGGGCCACGUGGUGUGUGCCCUGUGGAUCCCGGAGGUCGGCUUUGCCAACACGGUGUUCAUCGAGCCCAUCGACGGGGUGCGGAACAUCCCCCCCGCCCGGUGGAAACUGACGUGCUACCUCUGUAAGCAGAAGGGCGUGGGUGCCUGCAUCCAGUGCCACAAAGCGAACUGCUACACAGCAUUCCAUGUGACGUGUGCCCAGAAGGCCGGCCUGUACAUGAAAAUGGAGCCCGUGAAGGAACUGACUGGUGGCGGCACCACCUUCUCCGUCAGAAAGACCGCUUACUGUGACGUCCACACACCUCCAGGCUGCACCCGGAGGCCUCUGAACAUUUACGGGGAUGUCGAGAUGAAAAACGGUGUCUGUCGAAAAGAGAGCUCGGUCAAAACGGUCAGGUCCACGUCCAAAGUCAGGAAGAAAGCGAAAAAGGCCAAGAAAGCUCUGGCCGAGCCUUGCGCGGUCCUGCCGACCGUGUGCGCUCCUUAUAUUCCCCCGCAGAGGUUAAACAGGAUUGCGAAUCAGGUGGCCAUUCAGCGGAAGAAGCAGUUUGUGGAGCGAGCCCACAGCUACUGGCUGCUGAAGCGGCUGUCAAGGAACGGCGCCCCCCUGCUGCGGCGGCUCCAGUCCAGCCUGCAGUCUCAGCGAAGCUCACAGCAGAGAGAAAACGAUGAGGAGAUGAAGGCUGCCAAAGAGAAGCUGAAGUACUGGCAGCGGCUGCGGCACGACCUGGAGCGAGCCCGCCUGCUGAUCGAGCUGCUUCGCAAGCGGGAGAAGCUCAAGCGUGAGCAGGUGAAGGUGGAGCAGGUGGCCAUGGAGCUGCGGCUGACUCCGCUGACGGUGCUGCUGCGCUCGGUGCUGGACCAGCUGCAGGAUAAGGACCCCGCCAGGAUCUUCGCGCAGCCCGUGAGUCUGAAGGAGGUCCCAGAUUAUUUGGAUCACAUUAAACAUCCCAUGGACUUUGCCACAAUGAGAAAACGGUUAGAAGCUCAAGGGUAUAAAAACCUCCAUGAGUUUGAGGAGGAUUUUGAUCUCAUUAUAGCUAACUGCAUGAAGUACAAUGCCAGGGACACCGUGUUCUAUAGAGCCGCGGUGCGGCUGCGCGAUCAGGGAGGUGUUGUUCUGAGGCAGGCCCGGCGUGAGGUGGACAGCAUCGGCUUAGAAGAGGCCUCGGGGAUGCACCUGCCUGAGCGGCCUGCUGCGGUGUCCCGGCGGCCUUUCUCCUGGGAAGAUGUGGACAGGUUGCUGGACCCCGCCAACAGAGCCCACCUGGGCCUGGAGGAGCAGCUGAGAGAGCUGCUGGACACUCUGGACCUCACCUGUGCUAUGAAGUCCAGUGGCUCCCGGAGCAAGCGGGCAAAGCUGCUCAGAAAGGAAAUUGCCCUUCUCCGGAACAAGCUGAGCCAGCAGCACAGCCAGCCCCCGCCCGUGGGGCCGGGCCCUGAGCGCCUCGAAGAGGAUGGAGCUCCGCUGGGGCUGGAGGCGGGCGACGAAGGAGAUAAAUCUCCCCCUAAGCUUGAACCACCAGAUGCAUUACCUCUUCCUUCAGACUCGGAGCGUAAUUCAGAACCACCAACCCUCAAACCAGUAGAACUCAACCCAGAGCAGAGUAAACUUUUCAAAAGAGUCACAUUUGAUAAUGAAUCACAUAGCACUUGCACUCAGAGCGCACUGGUAAGCGGACGCCCUCCAGAGCCCACCCGCGCCAGUAGUGGCGAUGUGCCGGCGGCGGCGGCCUCCGCGGUGGCGGAGCCAGCAAGCGAUGUAAACAGACGCACUUCUGUUCUCUUCUGCAAAUCGAAAAGUGUAAGCCCCCCAAAGUCUGCCAAGAACACUGAAACCCAGCCAACUUCUCCUCAGCUAGGGACCAAAACCUUUUUGUCUGUAGUCCUUCCGAGGUUGGAGACUCUUCUGCAGCCACGGAAAAGGUCGCGGAGCACAUGCGGAGACUCCGAGGUGGAGGAGGAGUCCCCGGGAAAGCGCCUGGAUGCAGGUCUCACCAACGGCUUUGGGGGUGCGAGGAGCGAGCAGGAGCCGGGCGGCGGCCUGGGGAGGAAAGCCGCACCCCGACGACGCUGCGCCUCUGAGUCCAGCAUCUCCUCCAGCAAUAGCCCGCUCUGUGACUCGAGCUUUAGUGUGCCCAAGUGUGGGCGGGGCAAGCCGGCCCUUGUGCGAAGGCACACGCUGGAGGACCGCAGUGAGCUGAUCUCCUGCAUCGAGAACGGCAACUACGCCAAGGCGGCCAGGAUUGCAGCCGAAGUCGGUCAGAACAGCAUGUGGAUCUCCACUGACGCCGCUGCCUCGGUGCUGGAGCCCCUGAAGGUGGUGUGGGCCAAGUGCAGUGGCUACCCCUCCUACCCGGCGCUGAUCAUUGACCCCAAGAUGCCGCGAGUGCCCGGCCACCACAAUGGCGUCACCAUCCCGGCCCCACCCCUGGACGUGCUGAAGAUCGGGGAGCACAUGCAGACCAAGUCCGACGAGAAGCUGUUCCUCGUUCUCUUUUUUGAUAAUAAGAGAAGUUGGCAGUGGCUUCCUAAGUCCAAAAUGGUUCCCCUUGGUAUUGACGAGACUAUAGACAAGUUGAAGAUGAUGGAAGGGAGGAACUCCAGCAUCCGGAAGGCCGUGCGCAUUGCGUUUGACCGUGCCAUGAACCACCUGAGCCGUGUCCACGGGGAGCCGACCAGCGACCUCAGUGACAUUGACUGAUGGCCCGCCCCAGCGCGGUCUUCCUUGUCCAUAGUGUUGAUAAGCUGUACAUAUUUGUAUAUUGUUCAAAACUUAACUUAUUCUGAUUUUUAGUCAUAGUUCUUUAAUUCUUUUUCCCCAGGGAGGGGGGAGGUUUUAUUUCCAAGUUUUCCAGGGACCCAUCUGUCUGGGUGGGGUGGGCGCCUCCGGGCAGCGCAGUGCGUCUGUCGCACGUCCCCAGGCCGUGCUGCUGGCGUCACUUGGAUAUGUAGCUUUUUCUUAAAGACUUUUGAAUGUUUAAUAAUUUUGUAAAUCAUGCUCUUUACACAGAGUACCACUUAUUUAAUAAGACGGGAUGUAAAUUUACAAUGACAAAUGUGUAUUUUAAGAAAGAAAAUGACAUUAUUUUGAAUGGUACUUUGUGAAAAGAGGGGAGAAUAAAGUUAUGCUGUGUACAUCACUUGCCGAUCACCAAAAACACUCCGCUGACCGUGACCGCCGGCGGGCGUGUCCCUGCUCCCAUCCCCGCCCCAUCGUCCCCCUGCCCGUGACCGCCGGCGGGCGUGUCCCUGCUCCCAUCCCGGCCCAUCGUCCCCCUGCCCGUGACCGCCGGCGGGCGUGUCCCUGCUCCCAUCCCCGCCCCAUCGUCCCCCUGCCCGUGACCGCCGGCGGGCGUGUCCCUGCUCCCAUCCCGGCCCAUCGUCCCCCUGCCCGUGACCUCCCUUCAUCCUGCCCACCUCAAACCCCGAAGGUGUGCCUCCCAGCGGAUUAUUUAUUGCAGAAAGUGUAUUCAUUUGCUUUAUAAUGAAAAAUACAUUUGCAAAGGUAUAUUGAUAUGCAUUUUUAUACAGGCACAUACAAAUUCAACUUGGCUUGGGAGCAGACUGCAUCGCCUUGUAUAAAUGACUCUGGCCUGUGUACUUUGAUUUUAUAACUUGUAAUCUUUUGUUUACAAUGAGGGGCUUUCUGUAACUUGUUUUAAUUUAGAACACUUUGGUAGCAAUAGAAACUUUGGAUACAUUUUUGUAUGGUACAUGUGAUGUAUAUAGAAUUAGUACUUUAUUUUUAUUUUUAAGAGGUAAAGCAUUAUGUUAGGGGGAAAGUAGGGUGGGUUUCCAAAUUUGCAUUUUUUAUAUUAAAAAUAAAGUCAAGAUUUGGACAAUG